CGUGGCUUACAAUUUGUCUUGAACUUAUAUUUAUGCAACCUUAAGGUGUGGACAUAACAUAGCCACAACUCAAAGUCUCAAAUUCACAUUCAUAAGAGACAAUUGUGAAUUUUGAGAAGCUUCAGCAUUGAACAAACACAAGAGAAAAUGGAAGCAAAGAAAAUACCUGAGGUGAUGCUAAAUUCAGGGAAAAAGAUGCCAAUGAUAGGACUAGGAACUGCAACAACUCCUCUUCCAUCAAAUGAAGCUCUCACCUCAAUUUUGGUUGAUGCAAUUCAAAUUGGUUACAGACAUUUUGAUACUGCUGCUAUAUAUGGUACUGAAGAAUCUCUAGGACAAGCUGUUUCAAAGGCUUUAGAGUUAGGCCUUAUCAAAAAUAGAGAUGAAGUUUUCAUUACUUCUAAGUUAUGGUGUAAUGAUGCUCACCAUGACCUUGUUCUCAAGGCUCUCAAAACCACCCUCAAAAAGUUGAAGUUGGAGUAUGUGGAUCUCUACUUGAUUCAUUGGCCAGUGAGGUUGAAACAAGAUGUUGAAGGCUUUAACUUCACAGGUGAAGAUGUUGUACAUUUUGACAUAAAAGGAACAUGGAAAGCUAUGGAAGAUUGCUAUAGAUUAGGCUUAGCAAAGUCUAUUGGUGUUAGCAACUUUGGCAUUAAAAAACUCUCCCUACUCUUAGAAAAUGCAACUAUCUAUCCUGCAGUUAAUCAGGUGGAAAUGAAUCCAUCAUGGCAACAAGGGAAACUCAGAGAAUUCUGCAUGCAGAAAGGAAUACAUGUGAGUGCAUGGUCACCACUAGGAGCAUACAAAGUAUUUUGGGGUUCUAAUGCUGUGAUGGAGAAUCCAAUUCUUCAGGAAAUUGCUGAGGCUAGAAAGAAGAGUGUAGCUCAGAUAACACUAAGAUGGAUACAUGAACAAGGGACAAGUGCAAUUGUGAAAAGCUUCAACAAAGAGAGGAUGAAACAAAACCUUGAAAUAUUUGAUUGGGAACUGAACAAAGAGGAAUUGGACAAAAUCAAUAAGAUUCCACAAUGCAGGUUGUACAAAGCUGAAAUGUUUGUAUCUGAAAGUGGACUUUACAAAUCCUUGGAUGAGCUAUGGGAUGGCGACCUCUAAACAAUCUUGUUGUAGGCUCUUUUUGGAUAAACAGUUUGAUUAAGUGUUUACCGUAUAAGCACUUAUUAUAUGAGGACUUACAUAUAAACUAUUUUUAUAACAAAAAAUAAAAUAAAGUCAAAUUGUUUUCAUAUAUAAA